UCAUUGAACAAAAUUAACAAAGAAAACACACAUACAAAGUCUCAACCAAAAGCUCUAUUUGGCAACUAUAACUUCCACUCUAUUAAUUCAACAAGAAUUCAUGGAGAACUCACACUACUCAAGAAGAUUACUCCCGGAGGCCACCAUGGCGCUGCCUACGGCGACUGGAAUCAGCCACGAUGCUACUCAUUCACCACUUGGUCACAAAGUUAACACAUUUGAUGCAAAUGUUAUUAUGGUGUUGGCCGUACUUAUAUGUGCCUUGAUUUGUUCAUUUGUCUUGAAUUUCAUCAUAAAAUGUGCUUGUAGGUGCCUAAUAUUGGCAGACUCAUCCUUAGUAAACCAUACAAAUAACAACCCUUCUUCAACAAAAUUAGCCAAUAGAGGGAUCAAGAAAAAAGCCCUCAAGACCUUCCCAAUUAUAACAUUCUCUACUGAAUUGAAACAUCCGGGGCUCGAUUCUGAGUGUGUUAUUUGCCUAUCCGAAUUUAGAACCGGAGAGAAAAUUAAGAUUCUGCCUAAGUGCAAUCAUGGAUUCCACGUCAAUUGUAUUGAUAAAUGGCUCAAUUCUCACUCUUCUUGCCCUACUUGUAGGAAUUGCCUUAUUGAGACUCGCCAAAAAAUUGUUCCAAUUAUUUCAUCAGCUCCGGUACAAGAAGUUAUAAUAAGGAUUGAACCUCUCCAACGUGAAGAUGUUAUAUCUAACAAUCAACAAUAGGUAGAACUAGCCAGUAGAAGACAAACUCAAUUAGAUUAGAAAUUUAGCUUUUAAGUUGAUAUAUUUUACUUCUUUUUUUGUCCUGUUGGAAAAGUUUUGGCUACCUAUAGUCCUGCAUGCAAUUGUAUAAAUCAAAUUUUGUUCCUGUUUCUUUAUCAAGCUCAUGUCCUUCUUGUCAAAGAAAGGCUACUUAUUUAAUUUGAUGGGGGAACAAA